AUGGCUCCAUAUUUUCGCCCUCGCUAUAUGAGUGCGACCCACGUUCCAUCCUCGACGGAGCGCCUCAUGAAUCCCUUCUACCACUCGCAAGUGAAGUUGCCACCGUAUCGGGCCCGCUAUUUACAACGCUUCCAUCCGUAUCCACGAGGCUCGCCGUCCCGUCUUCCCGGGUGGGCUCGCGAUGACAGGGAUUUUGAUCUCGAAUGGGACGAGUUCUUAGAGAUGGCGGAUGCGUUCCAACGACUGAAUAUGGACUCUAUUCCCCGUCACAACAACGCGUACACGUUUCCUGACCAUGCAGCGAACGGUGAACAGGAAGAACCCCAAGAAACUGACGAUCUCCGAGCAGUUGCUCCCAACGCAGUUGACACAGUAUCUGCGGAGACGCAGACAAUAGGCGCCGUAGAUGUACAACGCCAAAGAGAUUCAAACGGGGUGAUCGAGGACUCGUUCAUUGUCAUACCCACAGGUGGAGACGGAGGAGAGAAUCAGGGAGACGGUCCACUCGAGGCAGGAAGUUCCACCUCCCAUGUGCUCCAGGAAGCGGCUUCAUCAUCGCCGCCUGUGGGGAUGCUUCGCGAACAGAGUCCCGGAUUAUCCCAGCGCGUGGGUGUCAUCGGGGUCUAA